AUGACGACAGAGCCCAAUGCCAAACGGGGAAAUUUAUGGGUGGUCCGCGACUACGAUGCUCAAGUUGAGUUUCUGUUUCGUGACGUGAUGGCCUUUUAUAAGGGAGCAUCGGAUCCCGACUUCCAAGAACUACAGUCAGAAGGGGAGCCUUUUAUCAGUGAGAUCCACGUGGAAGUCAGUACUGGUUGGAUAGAGACAUACGUUAACGAAAGGAAGAUGGUCAACCUUGGUGACGAUGGGAAGCCCCAUUAUCCAGUAUUCAAGGAGCUCAGUAUACCUCCACAGGCAGAAGUUUUUAUCGAGGGUGAAUAA